AUGGCCCGUUUGAGCCUCCUGCUCCUGGGCACCCUCUCGGUGCUCGGCAGCUUCGCCAACGCCAGCUCCGCCGUCAAGGACCUGGUCCCCAACAAUUUUGACGAAGUCGUCCUGAAGUCCGGAAAGCCCGCUCUGGUUGAAUUCUUCGCUCCCUGGUGCGGCCACUGCAAGACUCUUGCCCCCGUGUACGAGGAGCUCGGUGCUGCUUUCGCUUUCGCUGAGGACAAGGUUACUGUCGCCAAGGUCGAUGCUGAUGAGAACCGCGAGCUCGGAAAGCGUUUCGGUGUUCAGGGUUUCCCUACCUUGAAGUGGUUCGAUGGAAAGAGCGACAAGCCUGAGGAGUACAAGGGUGGCCGUGAUCUCGAGAGCUUGUCUAAGUGGAUUACCGAUAAGACAGGCAUCAAGCCCCGUGGUGCGCAGAAGGAGGCUAGCAAGAUUGAGAUGCUCAAUGAUGCUACCUUCAAGACUGUUGUUGGUAGCGAGAAGAGCGUUCUGGUUGCCUUUACUGCGCCGUGGUGUGGCCACUGCAAGAGCCUUGCUCCUACCUGGGAGACCCUCGCCAACGACUUCGCCCUCGAGUCCAAUGUUGUGAUCGCCAAGGUUGACGCUGAAGCUGAGAACUCUCGUGCCUUGACCAAGGAGCAGGGCGUUACCGGCUACCCUACCAUCAAGUUCUUCCCCGCUGGCUCAUCUGAGGCCGAGGCUUACUCCGGUGCCCGCACUGAGGAAGCUUUCGUUGACUUCCUGAACACCAAGACUGGUACCAACCGUGCCGUCGGUGGCGCUUUGAACACCAAGGCUGGCACCAUCGCCGCUCUGGACAAGCUGGUCAGCGAGUACGUGCCCACCGCCAAGUUCGAGAAGCUGUCCGGUGAGCUUAAGAAGGCCGCCAAGGGUCUGCAGGACAAGUACGCCGAGUACUACAUCAAGGUGGCGGACAAGCUGAGCCAGAACCAGGAGUACGCUAGCAAGGAGCUGGCUCGUCUGCUCAAGGUCCUGAGCAAGGGUGGUUCCGCGCCCGAGAAGCUAGAUGACAUUGUCUCGCGCAGCAACAUCCUGCGUCGCUUCGCUGGCGAGGACGAGAAGAAGGAUGAGCUGUAA